AUGGAAAAGGUGGCUGCGCCUCCGAUUCUGAUGCAGCGGAAGCGCGAUCUGUCGUACGGCGUCGUUGCGGGGACUCCCAGCGAGACCUGGAAGUGGGAGUGGGACAGCGUGCGUUUCGCUGGGAAGCCUCCAAGCGAUGACGUCGUUUUCGAGGAGGAGAUCGUCGCGGCGGUCGCUCCUCUGCAGCUCAACCUCGCCGGGAGGGUGAACGGCGGCGGUAACAAGAGAGUGCGCUCUGGGUCGCCCGGCACGGCGUCGUAUCCGAUGUGUCAGGUUGAUAACUGCAGGGAGGAUCUGUCGAAGGCGAAGGACUAUCACCGGAGGCACAAAGUGUGCGAGGCUCAUAGCAAAGCCUCCAAGGCGCUUCUCGCCAACCAAAUGCAAAGGUUUUGUCAGCAGUGUAGUAGGUUUCACCCGCUGUCCGAGUUUGACGAGGGGAAACGAAGCUGCCGCCGGAGACUCGCCGGGCACAACCGCCGCCGUAGGAAAACGCAGCCGGAGGAUGUCACUUCCGCCACUCCGGCCCCCGCCGCCGCCGCCGCGAAUUUGGAAAUCUUCAACUUGUUGACUGCAAUAGCCGGAGCUUCGCAGGGAAAAUUUGAAGAAAGAAGAUCACAAGUUCCAGAUAGAGAGCAGCUUGUUCAGAUUCUCAAUAGGAUACCUUUGCCUGCGGAUCUUGCGACCAAGUUGCUCGAUGCUGGUAAUGUCAAUGGGAAAAAAGAUCAUGUACAAUCGCAGACACCAACCUCCUAUCACCAUCAUGACCAACUGAACCAGACUCCGGCUGCCCCAUUAACUAUGGACUUGCUUGCUGUUCUUUCGACCACUCUGUCUGGAUCUGGCCCUGACUCCAAUGCGUCACCUUCUCAAAAUCGAAGCUGCAGUAGUGAUGGUGGCAGUGUCAAGUUCAGGAGUAUUGCUGAUCAAACAAGACAGCAGCACUUAUUUUCAGUUGGCGGAGAAAGAAGCAGUACCAGUUCCCAGUCUCCAAUUGAAGAUUCAGAUUGCCAGGAGGAUGUUCGAGUCAAUUUACCGCUGCAACUUUUUAGCUCCUCCCCGGAAGAUUACAGCUUGCCUAAGCUAGCAUCUUCGAGAAAGUAUUUCUCGUCUGACAGUAGUAACCCUGCUGAAGAGAGGUCACCAUCGUCUUCUCCUCCAGUGGUGGAGAUGCAAUUUGAUUUGCAGGGUGGUCCUAGAGGUCUCAAGCCAGAGAGCAUAUCCACUGGAAGAGGAGUUAAUUCAAACAAGGAAGCUAGCCAAAGUCAUAGUUGUAAUAUCUCUCUUGAUCUAUUUAAAGGGUCAAAUAACAGGAUGCAACAACCUAGUUGCCUUCAAAGUGUUCCAUUUCAAGCUGGUUAUACAUCUUCGGGCUCUGAUCAUUCACCUCCCAGUUUGAAUUCAGACGCCCAGGAUCGCACUGGGAGAAUAAUGUUUAAACUAUUUGACAAGCAUCCCAGCCACUUCCCAGGAACAUUGCGAGCACAGAUUUACAAUUGGCUUUCUAAUAGGCCAUCAGACAUGGAGAGCUACAUACGGCCUGGUUGUGUGGUCCUAUCACUUUAUGCUUCAAUGUCUUCUGCUGCCUGGGAGAAACUAGAGGAAAACUUUCUCCAACAUGUUCACUCUUUAAUUCAAAAUUCAGAUUCUGACUUUUGGAGAAAUGGAAGGUUUCUGGUACAUUCUGGCAGUCAGUUAGCUUCACACAAAGAUGGGAAGAUACGCAUGUGCAAACCGUGGAGGACAUGGAAGUCACCAGAGUUGAUAUCUGUUUCCCCUUUGGCAAUUGUUAGUGGACAGGAAACCUCGAUUUCAUUGAAGGGUAGAAACUUGUCAACUCCUGGCACAAAGAUUCACUGUACAGGUACUGGCUCUUACACAUCAGCAGAAGUCAUCGGAUCUGCGUAUCCUGGUGUGAUCUAUGAUAAGAUAAAGUUGAGUGGUUUUAAAGUUCAGGAUGUAUCUCCCGGUGUUGUGGGGCGCAUUUUUAUUGAGAUUGAAAAUGGUUUCAAGGGUAACAGUUUUCCGGUGAUAAUAGCUGAUGAGACCAUUUGCAAGGAAUUGAGACCACUUGAGUCUGAAUUUGACGAGGAGAAAAAAAUAUGUGAUGCCAUUUCGGAGGACCAUGAACAUAAUUUUGGAAGGCCGAGAUCAAGGGAGGAGACUUUGCACUUUUUGAAUGAGCUUGGCUGGCUGUUUCAAAGAGAAAGAUUCUCAUAUGUGCAUGAGGUUCCAUAUUAUUCACUUGACAGGUUCAAAUUUGUACUCACAUUUGCUGUGGAAAGAAACUGUUGCAUGUUAGUCAAAACCCUUCUGGAUGUGCUGGUUAAUAAACACUUGCAAGGGGAAUGGUUGUCAACAGGGUCAGUGGAUAUGUUGAAUGCAAUCCAACUCUUAAAUAGAGCAGUAAAAAGAAAGUACGUAGACAUGGUUGAUUUGCUGAUCCACUAUUCUUUACCGAACAAAAAUAGUACAUCCAAGAAAUAUGUAUUUCCUCCAAAUCUUGAGGGUCCUGCUGGUAUUACACCAUUGCACUUGGCAGCAUGCACAUCUGGUUCUGAGAGUGUGGUUGACUCUUUAACAAGUGACCCACAGGAGAUUGGUUUGAAGUGCUGGGAAUCCCUCAUGGAUGCUAAUGGGCAAACUCCACAUGCCUAUGCCAUGAUGAGGAAUAAUAACUCUUAUAAUGUGCUGGUUGCCCAGAAACUUGCUGAUAGACGAAGGGGUGAAAUUUCAGUAACAAUUGAGAAUGAGAUAGAACAACCGUCACUGAGGGUGGAGCUUAAGCAAAAGCAAAGUUACCUACUCAAACGAAGUCAGAGUUCUUGUGCCAAGUGUGUGGCUGCAGAAAUUCACUACAACAGAAGAGUUCCAGGUUCACAGGGCUUGCUUCACCGCCCCUUUAUUUAUUCAAUGCUAGCCGUUGCUGCAGUUUGUGUAUGUGUUUGUGUGUUCUUCCGAGGACGCCCUUUCGUAGGCUCAGUUGCUCCCUUCAGUUGGGAAAAUCUUGAUUAUGGCACAAUCUAA